AUGAGUGACAAGGGCUAUGGGACAUUCUUUACUAAGGAAACUUGUAAGAUUGUUGGGCCAAAAGUGGUUAAAAAGAUUGAGGAAAUCAUAGCCGGGAGCAAAACACAGGUUGUUUCUCAAAGGAGUGGCAAUGUGUAUGUGGUUGAUAUGUUGAAGGAUAAUCCAAUGUCUGAAGCCUGUUUGUUCUCAGCUGCCUCUACUAAAGAGACAAAACUAUGGCAUAGAAGACUUAGUCACACAAAUCAUAAAACUAUCACCACACUCUCAAAACAAGGCCUUGUAAGAGGCCUUCCACCAAAACUUUUCACCUGUGAUGAACAUUGUGUUUCAUGUUUAAAAGGUAAACAACACAAGAGUUCAUUCAAUUCCAUUGAUGAGUUCAAAACUAGUCAAUGUUUACAAUUGGUGCACAUGGACAUGUUUGGCCCUGUAAAAUCAUGA